AUGUUUAGACUGUAUGACACUGACGGAAACGGUGUUCUUGAUACUAAUGAAAUGGAUUGCAUUGUCAAUCAAAUGAUGAACGUAGCAGAGUACCUCGGAUGGGAUGUAUCAGAAUUAAAACCCAUUUUACAAGAUAUGAUGAUUGAAAUCGAUUACGACGCUGAUGGAACGGUUUCUUUGGAAGAAUGGAAACGAGGUGGACUCACAACAAUUCCACUUUUAGUACUUCUGGGCUUAGAUUCUCAUGUCAAAGAAGAUGGAAAUCAUUUAUGGAGAUUAAAACACUUUAAUAAACCAGCUUAUUGUAAUUUAUGUCUUAAUAUGUUGGUUGGACUCGGAAAAAAAGGAUUGUGCUGCGUUUGUAAGUUAAAAAAUCAUUUAAUAAUUUUUUUAAAAUAG